UUAUUACAUAUUAUUUCGAUUUGUUAAACGUAAGUAUUUAUGUUUUGCAGGUUGAUUUAGAAGAUUAUGGCGGUGAUGGAAUUGAUUACAGCGAUUGGUUUAAGCUAGAUCAUGGGUUUGAUAGUGAUGUUGAAGCAAUUACUUGGGCUAAGAGUACUGCUAUAAAGAUUGGAUUUGAAUUAGUCAUUUCGUCACAUAAGAACGAGGGGAAAAAGAAGCUUCUACGAUGUGCUCGGGGUGAGCGUUACAGAGGUUCAUUCACAGAUUCUGAUUCCUUCGUACGGAAAAAUACGAAGACAAAAGCGUGUAAGUGCAAAUUUAAAAUUAUUGUCAAAUUAGGAAAGACUGCAUGGUUUAUACUUACAGAUCCUGGUAUUUCGAGUACACACAACCAUGCUCUAGCUGUGUAUCCUGAAGGAUACCGUCAGAUGAGUGGGCUGAGUGGCGAGGCCAAAGAAAUUGUGCGAGAUAUGACUGCGGCACAAGCGAAGCCGUGUUCUAUCAUGGCAGCUUUAAAAGAAAAAGUACCAUCUGACAACCCUAGAAUAAAGCAAGUGUACAACUAUAGAGAGACUUUGAGAAAGUCUAGCUUUGAGGGUAGAGAUGUGGUUGGGCAAUUUUAUCACAUGGCUCAGCAAAAUGAUUAUGUACACUGGACUCUUGCUGAGGAGGAUACAGGUGUGUUGACCCAUAUUUUCAUGGCUCAUCCUGAUUCAGUGAGACUACUUCGUACGUACUACUGGAUCAUCGGCAUGGACUCCACGUACAAGACGAACAAGUACAAGCUGCCUUUUUUGGAGAUUAUUGGAAUGACUCCUUGCAACAAGAACUUCAUAAUUGCAUAUGCAAUUAUGAAGGAUGAGACUGAAGGGAGCUACAGAUGGGUAUUGGAGAGACUGAGGUGCUUGAUUGGGGAACAUAUUCAUCCGAGCGCUAUUCUUACUGAUCGAGAAUUGGGGCUUAUGAGACCAGUGUCAGAGGUUUUCCCACGUUCUUCUCAUCUACUAUGUACGUGGCACAUAAAUAAGGACGUAGAAGAUAGAGUGUACAGAAUUAGUGGGAAAAACCAAGAGUUUGCUGAAAUUUUCAAGAAUAGUACAUGGAAGAAAAUUAUUUAUAAUAAUAUUUUUUUUAUUUCCCGCAGCUGGUUUGCAAAAUGCGGAGGUUAUUCCAGGAUUCCUUUUACCAUUCGUUGA